CCGGCCAGCGCGGAGUUCGCUCCGCCCGCCUACAUGUGGCUAGCGCUCCUCCUCGCCACAGAGCAACCUCCAGCAUCCCCGGCCAACUCCUAGCCCCCUCCCCAGCGCCACCCACCUCCUCAGCGCCCUCCCUGUCCCCUCCUCCGCCUCGUCUCCCGGCACGCCGCUCCCGAAGCGGAGCGUCACUCCGGCUGCAGCCGCAGACAUGGCGACGCUGACAGUGGUCCAGCCGCUCACAUUGGACAGAGAUGUUGCAAGAGCAAUUGAAUUACUGGAGAAACUACAAGAGUCCGGAGAAGUACCAGUACACAAACUACAAUCCCUAAAGAAAGUACUGCAGAGUGAGUUUUGUACAGCUAUCAGAGAGGUAUAUCAAUAUAUGCAUGAAACCAUAACUGUUAAUGGCUGCCCAGAAUUCCGUGCCAGGGCCACUGCAAAGGCAACAGUUGCUGCUUUUGCAGCAAGUGAAGGCCAUUCACACCCUCGAGUGGUGGAGCUGCCAAAGACUGAUGAAGGUCUUGGCUUUAACGUAAUGGGAGGAAAGGAACAAAACUCUCCUAUAUAUAUUUCUCGUAUAAUUCCUGGAGGGGUGGCAGAAAGACAUGGAGGACUCAAGCGAGGAGACCAGCUGCUUUCUGUUAACGGAGUGAGCGUGGAAGGAGAGCACCAUGAAAAAGCAGUGGAGCUCCUGAAGGCUGCUAAAGAUAGUGUCAAAUUGGUCGUGCGCUACACUCCCAAAGUGCUGGAAGAGAUGGAGGCUCGUUUUGAAAAACUGAGGACAGCACGACGCCGGCAACAGCAGCAACUGUUAAUUCAGCAGCAGCAACAGCAGCAGAAUACACAGCAAAAUCAUAUGUCGUAGGUUAUUCUCAAGAAUAAAAUCUAGAUCAAGAAUUCAGUAACCAAGCAAUUGGAGCUGUGCUUCAGUAUUCCAACCUACAGUUACAA